GUAGAAGCUUGUCUCUGAAAGACUGGAAAGGAAUAAAGAACACAAUGACUACUUUGGAUGAUAAAAUGCUUGGUGAGAAGCUCCAAUAUUACUACAGCAGUAGUGAGGGUGAGGAUGAAGACAGUGACAAAGAAGAUAAAGAAGAGGAGAGCACCAUUCCUGAAGGUGUGGGGGAGGUGGAGCUGAGCAGCGAUGGCAGUGCAGUCAACACAGGUCCCAAAGGAGUCAUCAACGACUGGCGGAGAUACAAACAGCUGGAGACUGAGCAGCGGCAGGAGCAGCGCAGGGAGAUGGAACGGCUGAUCAAGAAGUUGUCUAUGACCUGUAGGUCUCACCUGGAUGAAGAGGCUGAUAAGCAGAAGCAGAAAGAGCUUCAGGAAAAAAUCAAUGGGAAGAUGACUCUACAAGAAUAUAACACAAUUCACAAUGAUGAAGAUGACGAGGAGUUUUUACAGCAGUACAGGAAGCAGCGAAUGGAGGAGAUGAGGCAGCAGCUCUACAAUGGGCAGCAAUUUAAACAGGUUUUUGAGAUUACCAGUGGUGAGGCGUUUUUGGACACAGUUGAUAAAGAGCAUAAAAGCACACUGAUCAUGAUCCAUAUUUAUGAAGAUGAUAUCCCUGGCACUGAAUCCCUGCAUGGCUGUAUGAUCUGCCUGGCUGCUGAGUAUCCAACAGUGAAAUUCUGCAGAGUGAAGAGUUCUCUCAUUGGUGCCAGUGCUCGCUUCACCAACAAUGCUCUGCCAGCUUUGCUGAUCUAUAAGGCAGGUGAGCUCAUUGGCAAUUUUGUGCGAAUCACUGACCAGCUUGGAGAAGAUUUUUUUGCUGUAGACCUGGAGGCUUUUCUGCAGGAAUGUGGCUUGCUUCCAGAAAAAGAUCUGGUGCUCCUGACUUCUAUCCAUAAUCCGUCUGCAUGUUACAGUGAAGACAGUGAUCUGGAAAUAGACUGAACCACUUACACCAAGGGCCAGUAGGUGUAGUUGUACAGUGGAGUGUUCUUGUGGUAGGGAUUGUUCUCUUCCAUAAUGUGAGUAUGUAUUCCUCCCCUUCAUGCACUUUGACUUUUGCCUGUUAAAAGUUUGUUAAAAAUAAUGUAAGGGAUUCCUAACA